GCAGUCACGACACACAUGGAACAUCAAAAAGAUUAAUGCAAAAGAUUAAUAUAAAAGAUUACCUAGUAAUAUAAAACUUGAAGAUUCAACAUUAAACAAUACUACUCACAUAUGUGCCUAGACGCAAUUGAAGGCAACUACCUAUGUACCUACAACAUUGAACAGGCACAUGCAGCAGUAUCAUGUACUCGAUGUCAAAAUAAGCCACAUAAUGGUUGACGACUUUUCUCCAUACAAAUUGUACACUUUUAAAGUCUCUAUCUUUGAGAGUGACUAUGCCUGAACCAAUUGAGCUCAAGCUUUUCAGCGAAUCGCGACUUGACCCAAAGCCACGCGACAAGCUCUUAACCUACAAUCCCACUAUCGAGCUCUUCGCUGGGGCAGCUGGGUCUAAGAAUCUUCAGAUUUGGCGAUCUAAUGGCCAAAUCGUGACAAAAAGUAGCCAGCGAAGUGAGCAGGACAGCGUCGAGGCUCUUUGUUGGAAAGCCGACGGUCAGUUCCUCGCAGCAGGCUGGAGCGAUGGGGUUGUACGGCUGAUGGGCUUGGAAACCAACAAGGCCGUUCACCAAAUCCACGUAUGCGAGCGUGGCCAGUCUCGAAUCACCUGUAUCGGCUGGGCACGUAAUCACUUAGGGAAACGCGUAGACUUGGACUCUUCGCCUAGCUCUAUGCCCUGGGACGACAUCAUAUCUCACGACCUUUUUCCAAGCGGUAAGAAAGCCGCCGUGGACCUCCCACGAGAACUUACUUUUCUCGAAGUUGAGACUGCUCUGCCGAAACUUAGUCCUUUACCGAUAUUAGGGGGCUCGGGUGAUGACUCGUAUGUGUUUACUACGCGGGCUUCGUUGGAGUUUUUAUUCAAGCCCUUCGUCUCUCAUGACAGUGAUAAUGUCGACGUUAUGAUCGUUGGUACCAACGAUGGCCACAUACACGUCAGCAUUUACGACUCUUUCGUCAUUGGGACGUUCAAAUAUAGUCUGCCUCAGUCCUCUAAGGGCAGCCCUUCCCUACAAUUAUGCUAUCAUGCGUCUCAUCCCGACCUGUCAACUCACAUGCUCAUCUUCAAGCCGUCCGGGGCAGGAAAUCUAACAGCUACGUAUCUCGUGCCUAUGGACCUAACCUUCAUCUACUCAUCGCCAGAAAACUUAUCCUUGCUUGCAUCCAAGACUACAACUCUACAGAAGCUGCUGAGAUAUGUUAAACAAGUGCAGAUGCAUAUGAUGCACGAGUGGCAAUCGACCCGCGAGCUUCCGACUCGAUUUUUGAAUAGUAUUAAUGAGACGCUCCAAGAAUCGGGAAAAUAUGGCGAGAUGGGAAUUGGCCAGGCACUAUAUCACUCUGUUGUGACAGGCCACACAUUUCCAGAAGUCAAAGAAUGGCUCGUUGAUCAGUUGGCGGAGCGAGGCCACAAACGUUGGUGUAAGGCAGUAAUAUCAGGUCUUCAAGCUCUUCGUAGCCUUGUACAUCAAAACUUUAUACCAGCGCUUGAACGUAUCGGAAUUAUCCUCAGCCGCCUCCUUGGUGUAGCCCGGUUUCAUGAGUCGAAGGCCGAGAUUGGGUUUACGAGCGCACAAAUUACUAGGGUCAUGGACAUCGUAUCCUGCUUGAUGUUGGUGGGCAACAAAAUUCUCCUACUUGCCAUGGAAGAGCUGGAGCUAUUCCAGUCUUUCUCGGUCUGGCUCCGACAUGAGAUCGAUAGACUUGCCUCUUCCUCGUCAACUGAUGAGCUAACUGAGAAAGAAGCAACGAUGGGCCAUGGAAGGAUUUUGGCCUACAUACAAAAUUACAUGGCUGCAAGCCCCUUACAAAAUUAUCUUAGCAGCAUAGCCGCGGAUAAGUCCGAGGGGGGUCGCCAACAAGCCGAAGGUGGCAGUUCUAUAUUAGAUCUGCUUGGCAAACAACUCAACAAGCAAGAUUCCCAGCAGUCCGAUGAAGAGGUGUUCUCACAGAUCAACUUUUUAUGUGAUUAUCUAGAUAGCAAAGCCGGUGCGGUUUUUGAGGGUAUUGCAGAGGCAGAGAAGCGAAGCGUACGGUUCGGUCAACCGACUGCUAUCGUAUUAGAGAGUAAUGUCUCUAAAUUCGAUGUCAUGAUGGCUGCUGAAAUGUGUGAAACGGAUACUCCUCGGGGGCUGACAUACACGGCCCUUACCACGGAGAAUGACGAAAGCAGUGUAUACGUAUUUCGAACGACCAUGAAUGUGUUGAACGGGAUCAGUGGUUCCGUUUCCACCGAAGUCUCAUCCAUGGUCCUCGGCGAUGGAAAGGUCCUUGACCUCAAAUUCUUAGACAACGAUAGCUUACUCGUUUUAUGGGCACAGAGAGACCAGCCAAUACGGAUUGUUAGGAUACCGCACAAGUCGGACGAGUUGGGCUACCAAUCGUACACUCCGGGAGGCAAGCUGACGCCUCACAUGCUCAGUAACGAUCAGGUUACUAACGUUUUCCUGAACAUGAUACUGCCUUGUGAGCCGAACUUCUUACCAGCUCAGAUGGAAGUCAAGGGAGCUAGUUCUGCGCGAGGCAAGAUACCGCCUAGAGUAUGCUUGCUAGGAAGUGACUUGCAGACGUACAGGGUCUUCGCUUUGCCAGAAGAUCCUUUUGGUGAGAUUUUAGGGAACAGAGAAGAAGUAAUGCAGUGAGAUGUACGCGCACAUUCUGGUCACGCUUUGAUGUCUUGAUGUUGUAUUUAUAGGUACCUAGCCCAAGUAGACCGAUGGAUGAUGAUAACCACACGUUGCUAGAUGUUGUAGUAGAUUCAGCUAUGAUCAUCAAAUGCAAGGUUUUCGGCAGUCUGGAGAGAUUUAUUCUUCGCUAGGUUAGGUAGUUAGUAGUUCAUGCGCAAUAGAAAUCAUGCUAUGUCUAUCCUCAAUUUC